CACACACACACACACACACACACACUCAGAACUCAGUGAAAGCCACCUGGUCAGUAUUUUAAGGUCUGAGCGUCACAUCCUGCUGAUCGUAAUUAAACUGAACCUGUUCAUGCAUUUAAAGACAUGAUGUAGGAUUGGUGUGGAGCAGCGACUCAUCUCUCAUCCGCCAUGUAGACAUAUUCAUCAAUCCGAAAGCCUGAGGCUGUAAUGUUUCUCAUUAAUUGAGGAGCGAGCCGGUUGGAGGCAAUAAUCUCCGAGUGAAAGACCUGGGCUACAAACACUAAUGAGACGAGAUUACAGAGAGUAUAUAACACUGCAACACGGGGGGAUGAGACACACCACCUGAGAGUCAUCCAUCAGUGAGCGUCUGGACCACUGUACCACUGAAGAAGAAGGAGAAGACCUGAAGAAGGAGAAGGAUGGCUCGAUGCUGUAGAUGCACCAGGCUGUACCUGGCAGUGAGUGUGUUGAUGUGCGUCCUCGUCCACUCUGAGGGAGUCAGUCUGAACGACCUGCUGGACCGAGCGUCUCAACUCUCUGACAAAAUGCACUCACUCAGCACCUCGCUCACCAACGACCUGGACACUCAUUUCCCCUCAGUGGGAGGAAAGCUGUUGAAGCCGUCCAUGUGCCACACCUCGUCCCUGCAGAUCCCCAACGAUAAAGACCAUGCCCUCAGAGUACCGGAGAAUGAGCUCCUGUCUCUGGUUCGCUCUCUGCUCAUGGCCUGGUCAGAUCCUCUCGCUCUGCUGUCCUCUGAGGCCACCAGCCUGCCGCACCCUGAGCGCAACUCCAUCAACACCAAGACCCGAGAGCUGCAGGACCACACCAACAGCCUGGGCGCGGGGCUAGAGCGCCUCGUCCGCAAGAUGGGUUCCUCCCCCGAGUCUCUGUCCUCACUCCCCUUCAACAGUAAUGACCUGGGGCAGGACAACAUCUCCCGCCUGGUCAACUUCCACUUCCUGCUGUCGUGCUUCCGCAGGGACUCGCACAAAAUCGACAGUUUCCUCAAAGUGCUGCGCUGCAGAGCUUCUAAGAUGCUGCCGGAAAUGUGCUGAAGCACAAGACAUUCUGAUGUUUCUCCUCUGAACCCCUCUCAAUUCAUCAGUCAGACAUGAAGAAGGGGUUUAUUCUCCUACAAUUUAAAAGAGUGAUGCUGAACGUUUCUUCAUAAAGGUCACGUUUGUGUUCUUGUGUCACUCACAAUAAUUUAACUUUCAUUCUAGAAAAAAUUCAUUAGGGAUCUGAGAUGUGCAGAUGUGUCUCACUGAAACAUGAAGAAGAAAGAGAACUGAUGAGAAGUUCUCCAUGGAUCUACACUUUCUGAAACAUGGUUUUAUUUCAUUUAAAUUCUAUUGCAAAGACCUGAAUUAAAGAAGGAACCUUCAGAUGACUCUUUUAACGUGGUAAUGGGGCUCUGAGGAGAUUGGACUUUAACAUAUUUAUAGAAUUAGUGAUGUAGAUCUUACUGUAGUUCUCCUUUUCCUCGUCUCUACAAAUCUGCUGAACCAAACAUGUCAAUAAACCGGAAUCCUGCAUCCUGAAACA